GUCUGUGUGAUGACACAUGGUUCUGGUUGCUUUCUGGGUCAUGUUACACGCAAGCGGUAUUUGUUGGAUUCUUCUGCUGUGGUCGACAUGUUACCGCUUGAAGCAGCUACUUCUGAAAAUAGAGACUCAAGAAUUACCACCAAUGGAUUCAAAGAUGGACUUACUCUACCGGACAACUAUCCCACAGUGCUCCAAAAGUACACUUCCUGUCGAUGGCGUCUUGCGUACCUGUUAUUCGUGUCGUGUAUUCUCGCGCAAUCAGUGGAAUAUUGUAUGAACUUUGCUGUCGUGUGUAUGACACGAGGCAUUACACUUGAGGUCGGAUAUGCCCCAACUGACACUGACGAGCAUCAUUCUAACUCUUCCAUCAUCCACAGUACCAGGUCGCCAAACACUACAAACAUCACUGAGGUUAUCAAGGGAGAAUUUGAUUACAGCAGCGAGAUACAAGGACUACUUAUUUCAUCUCCCUUCUAUACCAGCAUCAUAUCUUCGUGUGUCGGCAGCAUAGCGUCACGAAGGUUUGGUGCAAAAAUAGUUAUAUUCCUUGGUGUUCUUACUUUCGGCACGAUGACAGUCCUGAUACCCCUCGCUGCAAGAACUCAGUUAUAUCUAGCGGUCAUUUGUCGGCUAUGCGUGGGAUUUUGUAACGGCCUUCUAAUACCGGCAUCCUUUGAUCUAUGGCUCCAAUGGUCACCAUCACAUGAAACACAGCAGAUAGUGGCUUUCUGUUUUGCUGGCUACUCCGUGGCAACCAUAAUUACGUUUAGCCUGUGCGGAUUUCUGUGCAUGAUUCCAGUCGACAACGGUUGGCCAUUCAUUUUUUAUGUGUUUGGUGGUUGUGCUGUUCUCUGGUCUCCGGCAUGGAUGUACAUUGCGACCAACUCGCCGGAGACAUACGCUGGGAUAUCACACGAAGAAAUGGCCUAUAUCAAAACACGCAGAACUGGUUCGGACAGCCACAAGGACAGAGAGGUCCCGUGGUUGGCUAUAGCUCGGAGUAAGGCUUUCUGGGCCUACAUCACCAUCAUGUCAAGUCACAAUUUGAACAGUACUAUCCUAUUCAGUUAUCUCCCUUUGUAUAUGGAUACAGUACUGCAUUUUGACUUUGAUGAGAACGGUCUUCUGUCCUCGCUGCCUUCUGUUACUCGCCUGCUUGGAACCCUGAUCUGGAGCCACAUCAGCGUCCGGCUGCAGCGCGUGACGUCACUGUCCAUCACACGGAAGUCCAUACAGACAGCAGGGUUCCUGGUGGCGGCCGUGCUCACCGCUGGUCUGUGUAACCUGAGGGAAGGACAGGAGUACAUCGCCGUCACGCUGUUCGCCGGUGUCACGAUGUUCCACAGUGCCACUGUAGUUGCUGGCAUCGUCAACCCCGUAGACCUUGCUCCACAGUAUGCAUCAUGCAUCUCUUCAGCCGGGAUGACCUCGGCCUUUACAGCAAUGGCCGUCGGUCCCACGGUCGUGUCUUACAUGAUUCAAGAGAGAACACGAGAACAAUGGGCGACGGUCUUCUACUCCAGCGCAGCUGUCUAUGUCAUUGCAGCGUUGUUAUUUGUGAUUUUUGGCAGUGGAGAAAUUCAACCAUGGGCCGAGAAUUCGGACAAAAUUACAGAUCUUGAAAUUCCCGAAUCCCAAACACAAAGUGAAGUUAAUGCUGCAUACGUGGGUGGUAUGGAAGGGUCGGGUGCGGGACAAGUGAGUUGUGUUUGGCGCUGCACUGUGAGCGGACUUAAUGGGGGAGAAAAGCCAGAUGUCAGGUCCGACCACAGGCGUUCCCACUUUUGAGAAACCCGCGAACACAGGAAGCAGGGUGGCAGACAAAACACCAGAAUCGGACAGAACCCGGGACUCGGACCCACGGUCGGCAGAUCCUGGGUAGCACGUGCUGUAGUGCCUUAUGAACUCAAUUUUAAUUACACAGUCAUUUGUGAGCUAAAGAUGGUUGCUGAUGAAGUUGUUUAUUUACAUAAAAAAUGAAAUAAUUGAUUUUUAUAAAUAAAUGGGUUUUUUUCUUUUC